UGCACUAAAUGACAGAAUAAUUUUCUCACCGUCAUCACUUCUGUUUUGCUUUCAUAGUGACCAGACGUGCUGUGAUAUCGCCGAUAUUUUUAACGACCCGCUUACGUUUUAUUGGACUGUUCUUGCACUUUCGAUUACCACGCCUUGUGAUUUUUGGACACUGAUUGUGCCUACAGAACUUGUGUUGUGUACUAUAAUAUACAAAGGAGCAAAAAAAGAUAACAUGGAACCCGUGCCGUCAACAAGUUUUGACAUGUCUCAAAGACAUGAUCACGAUGAACCACUAGAAAAUAUAUUAUCUUCGAUGUUUACACCCGAGCACAACAUGCCAUCACCUGAUUACGAGAUGCAGACGCAGGAAGUUUUAAACGACGAAGACCUCUACGGUAUAUUAUUAGGUGACUGCGAUAAUUUACUUAACGAAGAAAUGGAUGAAGAUGAGGAUAAUCAUCCCCACGAAGAAGAUGAAGAUGAUACAAUUGAACAGCCAGGCCAUGAUUGGAGUAUUGGAAAUCCACAUCGCCAGAAUGUUCUUGAUUUUCAAAAACAGACUGGUUUGAAAGUGGAUAACCUCUCAACUGUCAAAGUCCAGCUCUUGGACUCGACAAAAUAUCCGUCAACUGCUAACGUCCAGCUCUUGGACUUUUUUUUCCCGCUUUUUGAAUGA